UAAUAAAGCAAAUGUCAUUUCUGGUUUCAAAAAAGCAGAAGUUCAAAAUUGCCAGAGCAUUAAACAGACUUAUGAGUAAAGGGAAUAUCUACUUCUCCUAAAGACAGUAAAGACAUUAGAAAUGGAAGAUAGUGAGGUCCAGUAUGCUACUGUGGUUUUCAAAAAUCUUCCAAGAACUAAAAAAAAGGAAGAGGUUGUAUACGAUGAAGUGAAGAAACCCAACCAAACAUCUCAGCAAACAUUUGACACAAAUGGACUUUUGUCAGACAAGGACUCAGAAAGAGGAUACUGGUAUCAAAAGUUUGCUUGUUGCUUUGGGAGUCUGUGUGUGAUUUUGGUGAUGAUGAUCAUUGGAGUCAGUGUUUAUUUUGUAUUUCAGCACAGGAGUGAUGAACAGCAGCUGAUACAGUUGAGAACAAACCAAACGUUUCUGCUGGAGGAAAAUAUCAACCUGACAAGAGACAACAACAAACUCAGCUCAGAUUUCACCAUCCAGGUUUACAACCUGACACAACAAAAACAAAACCUAACAGAAGAACUUAGUCAAGUUAAAAAGACAAACCAGGAGCUGCAGACGGAUAAGGAAACUCUCACAAGACAAAUAGAAACCAUGAAGAAAACUUGGAAUGAGCAGAAACUCAGGAUUAGAAAUGAAUACUGUCACAGAAGAAACAAUGAGAGGAGCAGUUCUUGUCAGAACGGCUGGACUCCCUGUCAGUCCAGCUGCUAUGCAGUUAACAAUGUUAGACCUCCAAAUGGUAAAACCUGGACAGAAGCACAAGAAGAUUGCAAACAAAAAUCUUCACAUCUGGCUGUUGUUGGUAGUGAAGAAAAAAAGUUGUUUCUUGAUGACACCAGUUGGAACGCAGAUGGAAUUACAGGAUACUGGAUUGGACUCAGAGCUGAAGGACGGAGAUGGAAAUGGAUCAAUGGAAGUGAUCUGACCCAUCAAGCCUGGAUGCAGCAGCCUGCAACUGAUGGUCAAUGUGUAACUUCUCUCCAGAACCGAGAAUGGAAAUCAGUGAGGUGUACUGAGAAGAAUGCAUGGAUCUGUGAGAAGAAGGCUUUAUCUGUUUAAAAUGAAAUAUUCAACUUCAAAAGGUUAUUUAGAAAAAUUAAAACAAAAUAUCUAUUCUAUAGUUCUAUUGUUACAUUUUUUCCACAAGUUCUAAGCAGUUACAGUUUAUUAUUGAAUAAAUUCAACAUAGCAAUGUUAUUUCAAUUACUGUACUUGUUAUAAUUUAAGCUGUAAAAUUGCUUAGUGAGUGCAUUCCACCUUUAUUGAACCCAACGUAAUUUUACUAUGAAGAAGUAAACAGAAUCUAGAAAAAGUACAUUUCUUUCAGUGACAUAAAAUAAUUAUUCAUUUCACACAUUUGAAAUGGUUUUCUACAGUUUGUUUCAGGGUCAAAAUAAAUAAACAGAGACUGAGGACUGGUGUUUCUGUUCUCUUUAGCUUUUCUUUUUUUACAGUUGACGAUUUUCAUCCAGCAGGGGGUGCUGCAUCACUCCCAAAAAUGACUGCUUCAAUGAAAUAGAAAUAUUUUUCAAUGUGGUGAUGUGUCAUAUUACAAGUUUCAAUGCACGUGCUUCUUUUAACUUUGUUGUUGUGAAUAAAAAUAAUGUAUGUAAUGCUAGUGACAGUUGACUCUGCUUCAUGUUUUCUUGUAACCUGCUCACUAAAGCUCCACCGGGCCUGACAUUGUUCCUGCACUACACAGAGGAUCAUCAUUAUUACUUUCACUUUAAAGUCAACAGAUUAGAAACAUCAGCAUGUUCUCUUCAGUCAAUAGCUUUCUUUCUGCUGUAGGACUAAUUAUUGUCUGCUUAUAUAAAUAUACUGUAUGUUUAAUGUGACGACUCCUCCACUUUACAUGAGGGGAUUCGUCCCUUUAGAUUAUUUGUUCUUUAUUUUCAAGGCAUAUCGAAAGUAGUGACAUUCAGGAUCGGCUUGGGCCCCCUGUUUCCUGGCUAUAUAAGAGCCUUGCUCCUAUUUGUCAGUGGGGUCUGGUGGAGUUGAGUUGGAGCUUGCUUGGGGCUGAGAAGACUUCUCCAUCAGGCUCUGCUUUUCAGACUGGCUCUUACCUGACUUGUCUGCCCACCUUGACUUUGCUUGACUUUAUUUUACUUUUCUUUUCUUUUACAGGAUUUCCAUUCAGACCAUCUGCUUUUGGCCGAUGCCAACGGCCACAGGGGCUGCCUACUUAUUUGUCUUAGUUUUGUUUUAUGCUUGGUGCUCAAUAAAGAGCAUAAUUAUUGUU